UACAUGCCGAUCCCAUUCUCUCAGCUACGGCUGAUCAUCACACGGUCCAACUCAAGUACCCCAGAGACCCGUGUAUAAAAACCAAGCAUCGUCUCUAGAACUCCAUCCCCAACCAGCCUUCUCUCCCAUCCCCGGUUCGAGUCCAGCAUCAUGGCUCGCAAGAUGUUCUCCGCCUUCUACUCCCUCCUUACCCUCUUGACCGUUGCCCUCGCGGCCUCUGUCCCCAAGACUGACUACGACGUCAUUGUCGUGGGUGGUGGCCCGUCCGGUCUGAGCGCCAUCAGCGGUCUCUCGCGUGUUCUGCGUCGGACUGCUUUGUUCGACUCGGGCGAGUAUCGCAACGCACCUACCCGCAACAUGCACGAUGUUAUUGGCAACGAUGGAACCGUCCCCGCUGAAUUCCGUGGCGCCGCCCGCAAGCAAAUUCUCCGUUACAACACCUCCACUAUCAUCGACACUUCCAUUUCCAGCAUCAAGCCCAUCGACAACAUCUUCGAAGCCACCGAUGCCUCCGGCAAGACCUACACGGCCCGCAAGGUCGUCCUGGGCACUGGCCUCCGUGACGUCCUCCCUGACACCCCCGGACUGGAGGAAGCUUUCGGCAAGGGUAUCUUCUGGUGCCCCUGGUGCGAUGGCUACGAACACCGUGACCAGCCAUUCGGUAUCCUGGGUGCUCUGCAGGAUAUUAUUGGCAGCACAUUUGAGGUGUACACUACCUUGAACCACGACAUCAUUGCCUUCCUGAAUGGCACCCACACCCCCGAGCAGGAGGCUAUUCUGACCGAGGCCCACCCCGACUGGAAAGAAAUCGUGGAAGCGUACGACAUUCGACUCGACAACCGCACCAUCACUGAGAUCGAGCGCAUCCAAGACGGCGAAACCCACCAGGACGACCAGGGCCGCCAAUUCGACAAGUUCCUCGUACACUUCACCGAGGGCGAGCCCGUCGAGCGCAACGCUUUCAUCACUAACUACCCCACUGCGCAGCGCUCGAAUAUCCCCGACCAGCUUGGCCUCAAGAUGCUGGGUAACAAGAUCGACACGCAGACGAACUCUGGUCUGCGGACGUCUCUGCCUGGUGUGUGGGCUGUCGGUGAUGCGAACAGUGACAACAGCACCAACGUGCCGCACGCUAUGUUCAGUGGCAAGCGCGCCGCUGUCUUUGCACAUGUCGAGAUGGCGCGUGAGGAGGCUCAGGCUGCUAUCUCGAAGCGUGUGCCUGAGCGCCGGAUGUUGGAGAAGGACACUGAGCGCCGCAUGGGUAAUGAGAUCGAGGCGUUGUACAACAGACUGCGCCGCCGUGGUUAGACGGAUGACGAUGGAUAUGCAGCAAGCCUAAUUCUAUAUAAACUAGGUCCUGCUCAUAAAGAAUAAUAAUAUCUAUUUUUAAUGUACUUGCUUUGGUGAGCAUCAGUGUCUGAUUGUGAUGAGUCAAAAUAUUCAUGGUAUCGUGUACUUAUAUAUCUAUCCCAAGACUGACGUGGAACCUCUCUUGUACCAAAUGACUUAAGUAUACCAAGUCGGCUCCGGAACCUCCCCAAGCAACACGUAUCUCCCCAACUCCCGGUUCUUAUACGCCACAGGAUCAUGCAACGUAUGCGUGCGAAUAUCCCUCCAGAACCGAUCCAGGCCAACCUUCAACCCCGUCGCCCUCGCCCCAGUAACCUCAAACACCCCGUUCGUAACUCUUAGCGCCGUAUCCGUCGUAACAACCUUAACACUCGCAACCCACUCCGCAACCUCCCCACGCUCACGCGAAGUCAGUGCACCCCGGUUAGACCCGUAGGUACCGUAGAGC